AUCAGCUGAUGGUCACACUGCUUGCUCGGCGUGUUUUGCUUUCUGUGUUGCCAAAAGAAGUUAUUUGUUUAUUUCUAGUUAAACGAUGAAAAUCUCGCGCUUUAAAAAGUCACACAAAACCCUGGUGUUUUUCGCCAGCAACUUUGAUUAUCGGGAGCCCUAUCAGGUGCUCGUCGACGCCACAUUCUGCCAAGCAGCACUGCAGCACAAAAUUGGCAUAGAAGAGCAGAUACGCAAAUACUUUCAGUGCAAUGUGAAGCUGCUAACCACACAGUGUGUAAUAUUAGAGGCAGAGGCUUUGGGUGCACCUCUAACAGGUGCCACAACGAUUGUGAAACAAUUCCACGUGCACAAAUGUGGACACGAGGGGAAACCUGUUGCGGCUGCGGAGUGCAUCAAAUCAAUGACCAAGGAUAAUCGAUACGUGGUCGCCUCACAGGAUCGUUUGUUACAGGCAAGUCUGCGCAAGAUUCCCGGACGUUGUCUUCUCUACUUGCACAAAGCGACGCCCGUGCUCGAAGCUCCCUCGGCAGCAUCCAAGAAAUGGGUGCUAAAGCGUGCCAAAAAUCUGAUGCUGGGGAAGCAGGCAGACAAAAUCGAUUAUAUGAAGCAGCAGCAGGGGAUAAAACCAACAGAGCCAGCUGUGAAAAAGAAACAACAACGUGGUCCAAAGAAUCCGAAUCCUUUGUCCUGCAAGAAGAGCAAGAAACAAAAGGCAGCGCCCCAAGGCGUGCAACAGACAACUACAACGAUAGCAAAGGCGAAACGGAAACGCGUCAAGAUCUCUGCGCACAUCAAAGAAUUAAUCAAUUAAAAAAUCAGUUUAAUAAUUAUUACAUGUAUAAUUAUCUUGUACAAUGGCACACAAGUGAUGUUCCUUUAGAGUUUGCCCUCACGUAUCUUGUUAAGCGUCUUCUCCGUCAUAAACUGACCCAAGAUCUUGGUGAGCGUCGCAUUGCGUGCGCAAUACGCCAUCAGAUUGACGGGGAACAGUCCACACCAUGUGAGAUCCAUUUUGUUGGCCAGCGCCACAGCAAAGAGUUCUCCACAACGCUCGGCCGUCAGACGCUUCUGGUUGGCGGUGCUCUGACCCACUUUGCCGCCCUGUGAGCCCGUAAAUGCCUCCAGCAGGAAAUCGGUGGCAAUGGGA